AAUAUUGUUUUAUAUUGUUUCUUUACGCUAAAUAACAAAUUAAUUUAUUAAUUUUGUUUCUGUUUUAUCAAAUCGAAGUUUUUCGGCAACAAAGUGUUGAAUUUGAUUCGUGAUGUAUUUUCGAGUGACGCCGCAGCCAUGAUUGUUUAGUUUCGGGGGGAUGAAAAGUGAACGCGAACGACGGAUUUGAAUGAAACGCGUGUGAUUACAGCAUACCAGUAUAUUUAUGGGUUUAACGAGUGUGCCUGUUAAUUGAGAGAUAUGGCGUUACAAUCGUUGGGUGCCGCCGCUACCGCGGCGCAACAUUACACUUUCAAACUUUCGAUCGAUUUGUACUCGAUAUAUACAACCGUGAAACAAGAUGGGCAUCGACUGUGCUUCAUCUUUCAAACCGCCUUUUAUUUGAUUUUGCGGCAAUCGUUUCGCGUUGUAUAUGUACGGCACAUUGUUGUGUGAAAAUAUUAGAAAACGUAACAGAAUAUCAUACUGCAUAUAAAUCGAUAUAUACUUCUGAGUGUGUAUAUGUAUACGUGGCUUGCAUGUGUUUUACUUAGUGUUACUGUAGAAUAUAUAUACAGGCCAUUUAGACAUUUCUUUGAAAUGUGGUUACGAAGUGAACAUGUUAGUAGAAGACUACGUGGUCGUUUAAAUAUAAACACCGCAUCCAGAACUAAAAUAUCCCAUCAUAGGCUUCAAGUUAGCAGUUUCCGGAAACUUCCAUCUGUUAGCAAUAAUAAUCAUCGUAUUGACGUACCAAAUAAAUGCAGCAGACUAACACGAUGGAGGCGUAGAUGUACCCAUUUUUUAAAAGAGGCUUGUAAAGAAAAUGUUUUACGUUUUGCGAAGUCUACGCCUAGUAGACGAGAGAGAGGACCUCGUAGAAGGAAAUGCAUAAAAAGAUCAAUGGUUACUUCAACUCCGUUACAUCGAACUUCCGCAAAAGAUGCAGUUAAUCCACCAAAAUGUACACCAACACCUAAGGUUUCUGAAGAAUCAAAAGAAAACUGGAAUACAACUACCUUAUCUCUAUACUCCUCUGUACUGAAUACAGAUUCGUGUUAUUCUUCUAUAUCUAUAAAUGAUUUCAAAUCUUCAGGCUCAAGUGUAUCACCAUUAUUAAAUCUAAUGUCUCCAGCACCUGUAGGAUCAAAUUCAGACCUUUCAUAUGUAUUGGAGGAUGAAGAAGACAAAAAUAUUGACACCAGUUCGCUAUACUAUUCUGCUUCUUGCACACAAACAGAAAUAACUGAAGAAUGUUAUAAUUUAAUGCAUUCUACAUCCAUGUAUGGAACUCGUUCUUACCCAUCGGAAAAGUAUUUUCCAAACGGAAAAUAUGCAUUUAGCAAUAACAAUGCGAGUAACAGUCAUUUAUCAAAAAUUCAAUAUUCUGUUGACAGUCCAUCGUCAAAGUAUGAAUCGGGCUUUGCUAAUACAAAAUACGCUACAACAACCAUGUACAGUUUAAACCAUAAUCAUUCAUCCGACACAAACGGGAACGUUACUGAAAAAUAUGAUUCUGAUGAUAUCGAGAGCGAUUAUCAUGAUGUCGAGUACAUGGAAGUCGGAAGCGAGGAAAUAGUAGAAAGUUGUGAUAUGGAAAAUAUGGUUACACAUGUUCAAGAAGAUUGGGAACCAUUUGAUCCUUAUGUCUUCAUUAAGCAUUUACCACCUUUGACUCCGGCAAUGAGAGCCAGAUGUCCCGCUCUUCCACUUAAAACACGCAGCAGUCCAGAAUUUAGUCUCGUGUUAGAUUUGGAUGAAACAUUAGUGCACUGUAGUCUACAAGAACUUUCGGAUGCAGCAUUCCGUUUUCCAGUUGUUUUUCAAGAUGUAACGUACACAGUGUUCGUAAGAACACGACCGUAUUUUCGUGAAUUUUUAGAACAUGUCUCAUCAUUGUACGAAGUAAUCCUUUUUACCGCGAGUAAACGAGUUUAUGCGAACAAGUUAAUGAAUCUGUUAGAUCCAACACGAAAAUUGAUCAAAUAUCGUUUGUUCCGAGAACACUGUGUUUGCGUUAAUGGAAAUUAUAUCAAGGAUCUAUCUAUCCUUGGUAGAGAUUUAUCUAAAACUGUUAUUAUUGAUAAUAGUCCACAAGCAUUUGGAUAUCAGUUAGAGAAUGGUAUUCCUAUAGAAAGCUGGUUUGCUGAUCGUUCAGAUAAUGAAUUAAUGAAAUUGUUACCUUUCUUAGAAAACUUAGUAAAUUGGGGAGGAGAUGUUAGACCACGUAUUAGAGAACAGUUCCGACUUUUCAGUUUUUUACCACCGGAUUAAUUUAGUGAGCACAAACUUAACGUAAUCGAAGUACUAGCCUGCGUAGGUAUGUACGUGUAUGUAUAUUUAUAGGUAUUAAAUACAUAAACGUAAGAUAUUGACGCAGAGCGUGUAAAACACACGCUAAAAUCGUAUACAAUUUGCAAUAUUUUUUAUUGAAUAAUUUUACAUUCAGUAAAAAAAAAAAAAAGAAAAGAAAAAAAUGAAAAUGAUUAAAAAU